UGAGUUCGGAAUUUUCCGUUCGCAGUGCGUGUGCGUUUUGGGGCACCCGGUCCCGUUCGGUUCGUGGGGGCAUCAGUUGGAAAUUGACCACGGUCGCGUUCGCUCAACCGUUCUCGCCGCACGCGCACGUGCUCGUACCGGAACCUGGGAUAGCCAUCCAGUUUUGCCUGCUGGUGCAGGUGCAAACUACUGCCACAAGAAUGAUACCGCAACCGCCAGAGUGCGCCACACAGUGAGUGCAGACUGUCCAGCCGGACUUCGAAGCCCAACACAUCAAAGGUGAAGAGUGAAUAUUCUAUGCAGAGUUUUGCAUGAGGCGCAGGUGUGCAUAAUCGGUGGGGCCGAAGUUCGGUCGAAAAUGGAAUAAGCAGUGCAAAACGGUACCUGUCGCCCGAAUCAGCCCCGGAACUCACAGGCCACGGUGUGCCGAAAAGGUGUGCACGAAUCAUUUUAUCCCAGCUCGCUACAUCAAACCUUGUGCUUUGAUCCCGCGUUUGAAACCGUGCACCGCGUACAAGCGGGAACGAUCUGCCAAAACAAGCUCCGGUGGCUCCGGAAGGCUCCCGGGGUGGAACGAUUUUCCCGCGAAAGCGGGGCAAAAACGCCCUCUCCGAGCAUCGAGCCGAGUGUGUAUGUGUGUGUAUAUGUGUGUGUGUGUUUGUGGUGAUCCUAGCCGACGCCUUUCGGCUUGUGCACAGAAUCCGCCAUCAUCAAACUGAUUGCUGGAUCUUGAAGAAACAUCUCUCCCUUAAUGAGCCCCGCGUAACUAAUCAGAUGAGCGUUCAAUCAGCGAGACCGGAACAGGGACGAGGCGAAGACAGACGAGGCGCACACACUCGCGCAGCAGCACCAGCGGCAGCGAAAUAAAUAAAUUGCGAAAAGCCCGACCGAUCGAUCGUAAGCAUCCGUAUUUGAGCUGAGCUGCAACUGCACACGAGUGACUUGGCAAAUUGGCAGUGCCAACGGACGUGGCGUGCAAGGAGAGGUGUGUAUCAGUCGCGGGCACUAUCACCGUGGUACCCACACGUUCCAGAUCGUUUAGCUUUUGCACCGAUAAGCCACACACACACACAGGGCGGGAAGGCAGCCGAACGCCCGAAGGGCCGCACCGGUCCCGAGGCCGUGCGAGAUUGCAGCAGGACGCGAACACCGCGACACGGUACGCCCGGAAGGUCGGAAUCGGGUUCAGUGAAGUGAAUUUUGUGCGCCCGGAAGUGCAGAAAUCGGUAGUGCUACGCGCGGACAGGCUUAUUGCGUGCUGGUUUGUGUAGUGUGUGGUGCAAAAACAAACACAUAAAAGUGCAUCCGUGGCCGUAAGCCUUCGUAAACCCAGCAACGACGACGACGACGACAACGAACCCGACGGUGACGGCAACACAAGUGCAUUUGAAAGAUGCAGUGCAGCGAAAGAUAAUGCACCGUGACGGUGGAAGUGGAAAAGUGCAAUUGGCCAUAUGCAAAUGUGUGUCUCCAAUCGCUCUAUAUGUGUGUAGGUGUGCCCGCAAUUCUCUCGUGUGAGCCAAUCCAAUCGGCUUAUUUCGAGUGAACGAGUGAGCGACGCGAGAAGAAGUUGCAAGAGAGAUAAAGAGAGAGAGAGAGAGAGAAUGCGUGCGAAUGUGUGUGUGUGUCAGUGAGUGUAUGUGUGUAGGCAAGGACCAAAAUAAGUGUUUGUGAAUGGCCGGAAGCGAGUGAAACUCUUCUGAGCGAGCGAAGAGGGCAACCGGGUGGUCGAGAGCGCAACACCCCGGGAAGCAGGAAGCGGAACAGAUUACGGCACGGCUGUGCAAAGGAAACUCACCCCGGGCAGGGGAACACCGUUUCCCACCGUGCGGGGAUGAGCGCAUUCAAAAUGACAAUGACGAAGGCACACAUAUUGUGCAUCUUGUGGAUGAUUAUUUUCUUCUGCUCGAGCAGCACAGUAAACGCAGCACAACGAGACGCGAUACCAAAGCAGCAGCAUACCGCAUCAACGAAAGACAGCAGUAGUCAGGCAGGACAACCGGGCAACUUGCUAACCGGCAGCAGUAGCAGUAGCAGCGGCAGCGGCAGCAGCAGUAGCAGUAGUAGUAGCAUUAGCAGUAGCUCUAGUGUAAGCAGCAGCACAAGCACAAGCAGUGCUGGCAGUAGUGGCAGUAGCAGCAGCAGCAGCAGCAUAAGCACCACCAGCAGUAGCAGUAGCAGCGGAAGUGCUGCAACAGUUGGUGCUAGCAGCAGCGGCAGCAGCAGCAGCAGCAGGCCAACAAACGUCGAGACGACGGCCCAGCCCACGGAGCAGUCGCGCGUGGGGCCGUACUUUGACGUGGCCGCCUCGAAGAACGUUACGGCGCUGCUGGGCAAAACGGCGUAUCUCAACUGUCGGGUUAAAAAUCUCGGCAACAAGACGAUGUUGCUGCAGGUGUCUUGGGUCCGUCACCGGGACAUCCAUCUGCUGACGGUCGGCCGCUACACGUACACUUCCGAUCAGCGGUUCCGGGCGAUACACCAUCCGCACACGGAAGACUGGAGCCUGCAGAUCAAGUACCCGCAGCAUCGCGACUCCGGCAUCUACGAGUGUCAGAUAUCGACGACACCUCACAUGAGCCAUUUUGUGCACCUGAACGUAAUCGAACCUUCGACCGAGAUCAUAGGCGCCCCGGAUCUAUACAUUGAGAGUGGUUCGACGAUAAAUUUAACCUGCGUUGUCAAGGAUUCUCCCGAGCCGCCAGCUUACAUUUUCUGGAAUCAUAACAAUGCGAUUAUCAGCUACGAUUCGCCGCGCGGUGGCGUCUCGGUCAUAACCGAAAAAGGUGACACGACAACCUCGUUCCUGCUCAUCCAGAACGCACGGCCAUCGGAUUCCGGACAGUACACGUGCAAUCCGUCCAACGCCAAAAGCAAAAGUGUCACCGUGCACGUCCUAAACGGUGUUUCCCAUUCCGUUUCCAGGGGAGUACCCAGCAGCAAUGCAGCGCGCGGGACAACCGCAUCAUCGCGCGCCGCUCAACCAUCCGCUCUUGGUGCUGGUCUCGGCGCUUGUCUCGUCCUUGCUCUGCUCCAUCGGUAUGCUGCGGCUGCCGAGCCGAUCCGGUGGUGGCCGACGGACCAGCGCCCACUCGCCGCCGCCGCCACCGUCAAGCACGUCUUUCGUCCCGUCGUAGUCUGGUUGCGGCGAACCGUACGUACGCGCAUCGCAGGCCCAUCCGGCACGGCUCGCCUAAGGCUUUCCGCGUCCGCCCAUCGCUAUCUCCCCAUCGUACCGCACCGAAUGUGCCCUCCCUCGACGCGGCUGUCGUCACGGUCAGCCGGCCGGGCGUCCCCCGACGGUGGCCGUCCCGCACGCCCCAGUCACAGCGAUCCUGCCCGGCUGGAACCAUCGCUAUCGCGGGCAUCGCGCUGGCACCAUCACAAUCACCGAUGGCGAACCGACGACCGAUCGGGCGCGUGUAUCAGCUUCAGCCAACAGUGGACUGCUCAUCGGCAGCGAUUAAGCUGGAGGUCGGAGGCACAGCUCUGCCUUGUUCGAUGAGACAGAGCUCCUUUUUGUACCCCUGCACACUAUCCCAGUCUCUAUCUCACUCUCACUCACUCACUCAGCCACAGGCGGAAGAAAUCGUGCUACCUUUGUCGUUGAAGGUACGGUGUCCUUCCGACCAGAAUACUCUCUUACUUUCCGUGCGUCCUUGAGAAGGAUUCUUUCCACUACGAUCAUGUAGAUUCGUGGCGCGAACUAGGGCACUCAAUGGUUUACUAGGCAUUCAAUCCGAGAUCGUACAUGCACACCCUUGAAGUGAACUGGGCGGCAAACGCAACUAGAUGAAAACAGAGGAAACACAUAAACCGACACUACUCGCCCGCGUGUGAGUAGUGUUUUCUGGCUGGUUAAGCUGUACAUUUACCCCUAGCGAAAGAAGCGGGAAACGCGAAAGCUGAAAUACAAAAAAAAACAUACUUGCACGUUCAACCAUCUACGGUAGAUACGAAUGAAAAUAUUUGCAUCAUGUAAUCAUACUGCUAGUUGUGAGAUGAGGAAGAACAAAAAAUACGGUUAAAAACACACACAAAAACACUCAAAGAAAAACACACAUCCACACAGCGAAAAGACAGAAUGCUGACGGUAACUGCGUGACCUAACGAUCGCUCGACAUGCUUAUGAACGUUCGCAAGUGAUGGGCGAGUGGUGGCAAAUGCAAGAGAACGUACGAGAGCGAGAAUGAGAGAGAGAGAGAGAGAGAGAGAGAAGAUAGAGAAAAAAAGUUUAUAAGAAACGAGGGCAACAUACAUUAACAAGUGUAAGUUAAGCAAAAGUCUGUUAAACUGAUUUAUCUUUAGGUAUCUCUUGCAUAGUAUAAAGUAAGCCCCGAACACUCGACCCCUCGUCUGUCGGGGAGGUAGUGUCCGGUGUACGGGGGACGGGGGGGGGGGGGGCGGGAGCAUUAGGAUAAUUGCAAACUGUCAGCUGUCGCAGAUACUGCGAAGCUGCUGUUAUGAAGUACAUUUUAAUUACUAAGGACGAGAUGGCCAAGCAAAACUGAGCCGAGGAAUGGCUCUAACAAGAGGGGGAGGGCGGCAUCAAAGGGAAACACGGGGGGUAGUAAGAAAAUUGGGAUAGAAAAAUGUGCAGUGAGAGACAGAUCGAGUUUAGAUAACAUAAAGUAACUUAAAGACAACAGAAAACAGAGAAGAAAAAAAACAAACUCCCGUUUGCUAGUUACAAACACAGCUAGAACUACACGAUGUAAGCAGCUCUGCAAUUGCAACAGAAAAGUCCUCCAAAUUCACUCGCCCCGCCCCGAAAUUCAGACAAACCGGAACACACACACACACACAUACACAAACAUUAAAAAAACUCAAUAUAUAAACUCUAUAGAAGGAAAACUCGGAAGUGUGGCGAUGAGAUCGAAUCGAUGCGCAAGUGUUGUGUAGCUAAAUCAUGUGGUCAAACCAUAGUAAAAAAAUGUGUAAAAUGGUUGCCAGAAACCAGCGGCCAUUAGAAGACAUUUCAUUGCUUUUGUUAUGUGUUGAACACACAGCACACAAAUCAUACGGACACUGAUCUCUCGCUCGCAACUCUCACUGGGACAAAUGGGAAAA